UAGAUGCAGGUGGUAUUUGCCACCAUAGGAUGGCGGAGGUGAUUUCAGUUUUCUAGCUAUAGCUAGGGUGUCUAUCGGAAGCUCUUCUAUAUAUAUAUAUAGCCGGCUACUCUUCUCAUUAUCGAUCGUCUCCAUCCACAACACAACUAACCACACUCUCCAUCUCUCGGCGCAAAUAUAUAGGAAAUAUUUCAAGAAGCAGGAAAUUUUGGCAACGAAAGUGGAAAAUACCAUUAAGGCUGUAAGAUUCAACCAUGGCUAGAGAACAAUUGGGAGUGCUUGAGUCACUCGAUAUUGCAAAGACCCAAUUGUACCAUUUCACGGCAAUUGUAAUAACUGGAAUGGGAUUCUUCACCGAUGCAUAUGAUCUCUUAUGCAUCUCUCUCGUGACCAAGUUACUUGGCCGCAUAUACUACACAGUUGAUGGCGCAGCAAAGCCAGGCACCUUGCCCCCCAACGUGGCAGCCGCUGUUAAUGGUGUUGCGUUUUGUGGCACUUUGGCUGGGCAGCUCUUCUUCGGCUGGCUUGGUGACAAAUUGGGCCGCAAGAAGGUGUAUGGUGUGACCCUCCUUCUGAUGAUAAUCUGCUCCAUUGGCUCAGGGCUCUCCUUCGGACACUCAGCGAACGGUGUGAUUACCACGCUCUGUUUCUUCCGGUUCUGGCUUGGCUUUGGCAUUGGCGGAGACUAUCCUCUUUCCGCUACAAUCAUGUCCGAAUACGCUAACAAAAAGACUCGUGGGGGGUUUAUCGCUGCGGUUUUUGCCAUGCAAGGAUUUGGGUUUUUAACUGGUGGGAUUGUUACUUUGAUCGUUUCGGGCGCGUUCAAUGACAAAUACCCUGCUCCUCCAUACAAUGUUAAUGCGGCAGAAUCCCUGCCACGACAAGCUGAUUACAUUUGGCGCAUAAUCCUCAUGUUUGGAGCCAUCCCGGCCGCCCUGACCUUCUACUGGCGCAUGAAAAUGCCCGAGACAGCUCGUUACACCGCCCUGGUAGCCAAGAAUGCAAAACAGGCGGCGGCAGACAUGUCUAUGGUGCUGCAGGUCGAGAUCAAACCAGAAGAACACAAGUUACCGACUCAGGAAGCAUAUGGUUUAUUCUCCAAAGAAUUUGCGAGACGCCACGGGCUUCACUUGGUUGGAACCGCUACUUGUUGGUUCUUGUUGGACAUUACCUUUUAUAGUCAAAACCUUUUCCAGAAGGAUAUCUUCACAUCAAUUGGUUGGCUUCCAGAGUCGCAGAAAAUGAGCGCCAUUGAAGAGCUUUACAAGGUUGCAAGGGCACAAACAAUAAUAACACUGUGCGGGGUUGUGCCUGGGUAUUGGUUUACGGUGGCCUUCAUUGAUUAUUUGGGACGGUUUGUAAUACAACUGAUGGGUUUCUUCUUCAUGUCCGCCUUCAUGUUUGCGCUUGCUAUCCCUUACAAUCAUUGGAAGCUACCGCACAACCGGAUUGGGUUCCUCGUGAUGUACUCCUUCACCUUUUUCUUCGCCAACUUUGGACCGAAUUCGACAACAUUUAUUGUACCAGCAGAAAUUUUCCCAGCAAGGGUAAGGUCUACUUGUCAUGGAAUAUCCGCCGCGUCGGGGAAGGCUGGAGCUAUUGUUGGUGCAUUUGGGUUUUUGUACGCUUCUGAAAGCAGUAACAAAGCUCUAACAGAUCCAGGGUACCCGCCUGGCAUUGGAAUGAAAAAUGCACUCCUUGUGCUCGCUUCGAUCAACGUAUUGGGUAUAUUUUUUACCUUUUUAGUGCCUGAAUCCAAGGGAAAAUCGCUCGAGGAGUUGACAGGGGAGAACGAGGACGAAACCGGAGAGACCGAAGUUCCUGUGUAAUAAGGAGUUAAUUUCAAUAUUUACUUGGGUUUCUAGCUUUCGUGCAAUGCAAUAUACAUGCAUGAAGUUUUAUACUUUGGUCGCGCGCUGGAAAUUAAAGAAGUACUAUAUGCAUGUAUUUAAUAAAAGGCAAUUUGAACUUUGUAGUGCCCGUCUUUCUGAAGGCCUAGAUGUUUGAUUGGACCUUGAAAAUUCAACUGCAUGUUUGAUUUCAAUUAAUCCUUUUAGGAUUUGUGUGAUAGCAUCUUCGAUCUUGAAUAAAUUAAACCACUUGUUGCACGUUAA